AAAGGAGGAGAGAGAGAGAGAGAGAGAGAGAGGCGAGGCCCGAGAGAGAGGGAGGGAGGGAGGGGGAGGGGAGGUCUUACUGGGAGAGAGGGGAGCACGACAUUCGCUGACAAGAGCGGAGCAUUUGUUUGCAAUUUCUUUUGCAUUUGCUUCGAUAUUUCUGCCCGUCCUGUCUGCUGCUGCUGCUGCUGCUGCUGGCGCUCCCUUUCGCCUCACCUGCCGACGAUGCAGGUGGUCGUUUAGCGCCGGGGCCGCGCCGUCGCGCCGAGAGGAGGGGAGCUCGUUUGUACAGCAGCGGCGGGUCGAUUUUAUUUGCCCCAGCGCUGGAGCCGAGUUAGAAGCGUCGGAGAAGUGUGUGUUUGUUCGCGCAGUUACAUUUCUUGGAAGACGGCGAUGCGGACGGAAUAGCAAGACAGGCAGGGAGGGAGGGACGCAGGAGGAGAAGGAAAAGAGGUGGAGGACGUACUGCGCUCAUGAGAGCAGAGCAGGCAGGAGACUGGCGUAGGUGCCGGAGCUUGGCUGCUGCUUCUGCGGAUGCUCUUUCAGCAAGCCUGGUGGCAAGCCUUCUUUAGCACCUUUUCCAUCUGCGAUUGUGGCGUCUCGCUCGGUUUGGGAGACGGAGGUCUUCCUCGGGCGAUACUCCUUGCAUCUCCCGAGUUUGGUCGAGGACAAGUACGAGCUGUUGGUUGCUCACCGGCCCCAGUCUCUGCGGCAGAGGAAGGAGGAGCGGGCGAUACUCGCUUCGCAGGGUGAAAGGUUGCGAUGCAGGAAGGGUCGAGAGAGUUCGGUGGAAGUCCUGAUCCCACUGGUUUCGACUCUGAGGAUGACGGCGAUGAUGUUCCGACUGACGGUCCCAUCGUUCUCUCCUCUCAUCAAGUGAAUGAAAAAGCACUGGAGCUGGAGAGGCAGCAAGCUGGUCAGCUUUAUUUUACGGACAAGGUCCAGGCAUUGAUGAAGGACAUGUUCAAUGAAGUGUAUGCUGCUCUGCAACCUAAGCCAGAUGACCGGGACAAACGCAUAAGGGUGAUAAAAUUCAUUGAGAAUUUUGUCAAACACAAAAUCCCCGGAAGCAGCAUUAGUGCGUUUGGCUCCUUCGUGAUGGAUCUGUACACAGCAAGCAGUGACCUGGAUCUGUCACUGAAUUUGUCAGACGGGAAACGUCAAUGCUCUCGAAAUGACAAAGUCCACUAUUUGAGAAAAGUGGCCAAUGCCUUGUAUGGACUCCAAAAGGGUCAAAGGUCUGUACGGGGAAUAGAGACAGUAUAUAGAGCAGCUGUGCCAGUCGUCAAAUUUGUACAAUGUAAUACUGGUAUAGAAUGCGAUAUAUCCGUGGAGAACAACGAUGGCGUCUUGAAGUCAAAGGUUUUGGGGAUGUUUGCCACGAUAGAUACCAGAUUUCGGCAGUUGUGCUAUUUGGUGAAGUCAUGGGCGAAGAAACACAACGUCAACAGUUCGAAGAAUGGAACAUUGAAUUCGUUGUCUAUAUGUUUGCUUGUAGCGUUCCACCUACAAACACGUUCGCCUCCAAUUCUUCCUCCAUUUUCGGUCUUCAUGGAAGGGUUGUUCCUGCCCGACGUGGAGAGUUGUUUGAAUGUUGUCGCUACCCGUGUGUGGUUGUUCAAGGAUAGUGGAUUCGGAGCAAACAACCUUGAGUCUGUUCCUGAGCUCUUCGGUUCUUUCUUCGUCAAGCUGGUAGCCGUGGAAAACUUGUGGGGACAUGGUUUGUGUUCCAGCACAUACGAAGGAAAGUGGAUCUCCAAAAUCUGGCCGAAGAACCACAUUGGCUGUAUCUCUGUGGAGGACUUUGCAGAUCGUACGCAAAACGUGGCUCGAUCAGUUUCGAGGAAGGAGUUCGAGCUUAUCUAUCAGUGCUUUCAUGCUACGUUGUCCAACCUCAAGGAUCCAGUUAACAAUGUUAUGGACUCUACAGAUUUAAGGGUUUACCUUUUUGGAGCGAAACAAAGACACAGGGCAUUGGAUCAUGCCAGACUAGCUGCCACACACGUAGACUUUUCACAAAGCGGAAACGGUUGGUCCACGAAUGAAAGUCGAAGCAGCGUAUCAAGCAACAGGGGACAUCAACCUCAUAUGGACACCUCCAUUCAGUUUAACCAUAGUCGUGUGCAUUCUGCACCUUCCCAUACUACUACUGGAGCCUCUGGAUAUAGAGACAACGCUCAGGACGGGCCAGGUUUUCAACAUCAUAUGUCUCGUAGCUGGAAUCCUGGACGUGUAGUAAAUCUCAGCCAUGGCCACGCAGUUAAUCCUGAUCCUCAACGUGCCGUACAGUUUACACAUGAAGAUCUAGAGUAUACUGUUACGCAUGUAGAUCUAGUUAAUCCUGAUCCUCAACGUGCCGUACAGUUUACACAUGAAGAUCUAGAGUAUACUGUUACGCAUGUAGAUCUAGUUAAACGUAGUCACGUUAGAGAUAUUGGACAACCCACUCUGGAUUCUGAAACCGCCUCUGCGGCUUCAAGGAACAGGCAUGUAUAUAGGAAUAGUAGAGUACUGGGCAGUCGAGUUGCAAGAUCGAGAGAUUCUUCGUGUGAUGGCAGUGUGGUUCAUGUCGAACCAACUCAAGUUGCACGUAACGGGGAUUUAUCGGCGACAAAUAGGCCAGGAACGUACCAACCUAACACGAGUGCUCGGGGUACGACUCCGUCGGGACAUCGUCGUUAUGGGCGAGGCAACAGGAGCCGGGGGGCGUGUACUUCUGUGGUAGGAGGAGAUGUCCAACCUCACAAUUUGAGUAAUCACCAACGCCAUGGAGAUAGCACUGUAGAUGGUCGAUGGCAAACAUAAGCUCUUCAUCCCCAGGAGUUUUUGAUUAGGUAGAUGUUCUAGCUCAUUUUUUGGGAUGGAUGGCCUCGUAAUCGGUGGGUGUUCCUGGUCCCUCUAGGUAAAUCGUUGAUCUCUACUUCAACUACGCUUCUUCUGUUUGGUGGACACAUUCAUGUGUCCCUUCUUGUACAUGUCUUCCCGUCUUCUCUAUUUGAGAACCCAAAGUGGGUUCUUCGUCUUGAGAACAGCUGUAAAGUUAGGUCUACGGACAACCCUCUUCGAAGAGUGGUUUGUGAUUGAAACCGAGAUUUUUGCUACAUCCAUUUGCUUACCACGUGUUCAGUCAGAUAUGGCUGAAGACUAAGAGUUUGUUUCCUGGGCAAUAGUGACCCAAAUGUUCACGAAGUCCUGCCGUUGUAUCAGAGAAAUACAAGAGUUUUUGCACCU